AAAACUACAGCCAUGAGAACAAUGUUUCAUUUUUAACUUCCUCACUGCACAGGAUUGACACUCACUCCUCCUGCUGGGGCUCCAGCUUGUAGAAGUCAGUCUGUUCUCCCCAGAGCCCCGCGCUGCGCUCUCCUGUUCCUCAUCUGGCUGCGGCUGGUGACGACGCCCCUGCAGGAUGUGGAAAUCCCUGCUCGUGCUGCUGGCCAUCGCUCAGCGGGCCCCCGGGGCCCUCGGGGCCAACCCCGGCGUCAAGGCCAUGCUGACCAGCAAAGGACUCGAGUAUGGGAAGCACGUAGGAGCCAACCUGCUCCAGGAGAAGCUGGAGGCGCUGUCCAUCCCAGCCGUGCAGGGGGAUAUCAGCAUCUCCCCCUUCGGCUCUGUUCACUUCUCCCUGGACAGCUUGUUCAUCGGUGAAAUUCGAAGAGUAAUCCAACAAAAGAUUGAAUCUUCGAUCUGCCCGAUGAUCACGCAGUCGGUCGAGGGCCUGGAGAGACACCUACAAGAGAUGAAAGUUUCCUUCCAGAUCGACCCCUACGUUCUCAUCGAGAUUCCCCUCCUCAGCGCCCCCGUGGUAGGAAAUUCAGAUAUGGAGCUGGACUUGAAGGGAGAGUUCUACAGCGCUCGCGGGCACCCCGAGCCCCCGUUCCCGGCCGGCCCGUUCUCGCUGGCCCCCCAGGAGGGGCGCAUGCUCGCGCUCGGCCUGUCCGAGUUCUUCUUCAACUCCGCCGCCUUCGCCUACCUGGCGGCCGGCCUGCUGCAGGUCAACCUCACCGACAGCAUGCUUCCCAAGACGUCUCCAGUGCACCUCAACACCUCCAGCUUCGGGGCCUUCGUCCCUCAGCUGCCCAAGAUGUUCCCCAACAUGCUCAUGACCGUCCAGGCGUUCGCCAGCAGGCCUCCCAUGGUCUCCCUCCAGCCCGACAACGUCACCGUGGGCUUGUCGGGGGCAGCCAAGGUCUUCGCCAUCCUGCCCAACUCCUCCCUGGCCCCUCUGUUCACCCUGGAGUCGGAAGCCAGUCUCGAUGCCAAGGCCUUCAUUUCGGACAUGAAGCUGACUGGAUCUCUGGCUCUGAGGAGUUUGACUCUGACCCUGACGGCCAGCGAGGUGGGAGAGUUCCAGACCACACCCCUGGAAAACCUGUUGAAAAUGGAGGUGCAAGCGAUUGUGCUGCCCAAAGUGAAUGGACACAUCCAGGGGGCGGAGAAAGAAUGGGGUGGACAGGCCAGGGCCAAGCUACACCACUACUAUGAGAUCACUUGA